GACUUAAUUGCACGCUAAUCAACUUAAAUCCAGAAUCUAAUCCAAGUUCAUUUCCAAGGUAGCAUUAAAAGUGCCGCCUAGUUGCCCUCGCUGUCAUGACCUGAUACUGUCACAGCCUGUGAACCCUGGCCCUGAAGAUGGAUUUCAGCCUGAUUAGAUGCCCGCCGCCUGGUUGUUUCUGGCCCUUACCUCAGCUCUUUGUGAAGUAGUUAAGCUGGUGGCUGAGCAGGUUGCCAUGGCCUUUCGUCAUAAUCAAGUGCUUCUGUCCUGUCAUGUGACCUGCUAUGUUUGUCCACUCAGCGGACGCAAAAGGUGAGGACGGCACCAGGAAAGGACACGAACGGCAGCUGAGGCGAGGUGGAAACUCUGUAUUAAUUAACCUUUAUGUGAUGCGGCCAGGACUGUCGGAGGUCUCCCGUAUCCACGGAAACCACACUGACAGAGUUCAGAGCAGAGGUCUCUCAGGGCAACGCCGCUGACACUGUCAUGGCAACUGGCACAAUGCUCCCCCCAGUGUCACCGGCUCUGCCCUCCUGACAAUGGUGCGGUGUGACAGGUCUCUCCCCCCACCACCUUGUGAGACCUGCAGAGCUGAAAGGACCAACAUCCCAAACAUCCACAACCACGGAAUGUGUCAAUAUCUCAGUGGUGAAAUCCCACCAACUUCUCGUUUGCUACUCACAUACCCCUGGGACUUGGCCUUCUGACAUCCUACAGCCAUGCCCUGCAGGCCCACCUGCUCACCUUUUCCUCCUGCCAUGGUUGCUGUUUCACCACAUUACUGAUUGUGCCUGCCACAGAGAGGGAUCACAUCCUGACAUCAUAUCCUGUUUACUUACCCUGUGCAGUAGCGUGCCCUUUUUUUUUUUUUUUUUUUUUUUUUUCUUUUUGGUAUUUCAGAAGUACAUGCCACUGUCAACCAGUUGACCUAGAUGACAUCUGCUUCCCAGUAGCAUUGCUGAGCUAUACAAGGGGAUCUGAGUAUUGAACAUGACUCAUGGGGAGGAGCCUGGCCCUGAGACACACAAGGAUUCAGCUGUUCUAACUUAUCUGGAAGGUUUACUGAUGCAUCCAGUGGUGGCCGGGCCUGGGGCCACGGCAGGCGGGAGGUCUGAGGCUGCCCACAGCAAUCAGCAGCAGGGUGACAAGGUGGGCGGGCCUUUCCAACUACACAACCAUGGCCCCACAGCACCCAAAGCUGGAACCAACGGGCCAACGCUGGGCUCUUCCCAACAUCUGAAGAAGGCCCGCUUGCUCCGCUCUGGAGCUUGGAAUGAUCCGGCCAAUCAGCGGAUGAGUUCACCCCCAAUGGAGCUGAACGGCCAAGUGGGAGGGCUGCAAAAUGGAGCCCUAGAGGGCUCACCACAUGCUGGAGAGAGCACCCUGUUAGCUUCUCUGCUUCAGUCAUUCAGUUCACGGCUUCAGAGUGUGGCCAUGUCUCAACACUCUACUAAGCCUCCCAGUGAGUGUUCCUCUCCAUCCAAAGCACCACCUGCAGACAAAGAGCCACUACCUGUUUAUGGGACAGCUUCAAGCCGCUUGAAAGGCCUAAUGAGGAAGAGCAAACUUCAAAAUCAUAACAGCACCCCUUACAGUCGCCGGGGACACAGUCAGGACCGUCCAUCGGAGUCGCCCCGGUCAGCGCACAGCGCCACACCUCCUUCUGCUCCUGCAGCUGCUGAAUCUGUGUCCUGCGCAGAGCGCUUGAAGGCGGUGGCCGACAUGGUAAAAAUCCGUUCUAGUCCAGCACCUUCACCCAAGCCAAGCGUGGCCUGCAGUCAGCUCGCUCUGCUGCUAUCCAGCGAAGCCCAUCUCCAGCAGUACUCCAGAGAGCAUGCACUCAAAGCCCAGCUCUCUGGAAGAUCUGCUAGUGAGAGGCUUGCUGCCAUGGCAAGCCAGCAGCAUGGCCCGGACAAAAGGCCACCAAGUGUGGGAGGGACUCCAGACACACUAAGCUCCCUAACAAACCAAAAUGGAAUGACCACAACCACAGUAACAACAACACUCCCUCGAACAACCCUGUCCAGUCCACAGAGCCCCUCCUUGCUGCAUGGCCAAAGCUCUCCACCCACUCCCCCACAUGCUCCAAGCCACCCUCACAGCCAGCCUCCCAGGGAGAAGCGAGGCUUUGACACGCGUCCAACCCGCCCCCCUCAAACAUGCAGCAGCCUGUUGCUGCUGUUACUCAACAACCACAACAACCAGAAGCAGCUGACCAAGAAUGGCCACUUGGAGGACAUUGGUGGCAUUCUGCCACCAAGUGGCUCUUCUUCGGUCACGUCGGAUAGCGAAUGCUCCACCCAAGAGAGGAGCAUCACCAAGGACAGCAGUGAUGCAGAGAGCUCCUACUCCAGCUGUUCUCCUAUUGACCUUUCCAUCAGAAGCCGUGCCAGCAUACAAGUCACAGGGCCCAAAAACACACCCCUAUCUGCCUCCACUCCCUCUUCUUCUUCCUCCACCUUUUCUAAUUCUGCCACAGUGUUUCCCUCAACCCCAGCUGCAUUCUCCCCACAAGCCUCUAUUCAGCCCUCCUCCACAUCUUUUGCACCAUCCUCCAUUGCAGUCUCCUCUGUUUCCACUGCUAUUUCUUCAUCAUCUUCCUCUUCUUCUAUUUCUACCUCCUCCCUGGAUAAACUAACAGAAUCUUUGAUAAACAAGUGGAAGCCAGAGCCAUCGGGAUCAAAUGUGUCCAAGAGCAGGGACCCUGAAAUAAGCCCAGACCUAAAAUCCCACCCUAAGGUCACACUCAUGCAGCUUCUCCUUGAACGCAGAAAUAAUGAGAUGCUUAACAAAAACGUAGGUAAACAGGAUUUACCGCUCGACGUAUCUAUGGCCACCAUGUCCCGGAGCCAGCAAAAGGUGCAGAUGCCUUGGGAAGAUACCAGAACAAAAAGCCCAGUGGAAAUGCCUGAAGCGCCAAACCAGUCCCUCUAUUCACAAAGUCGUGACCCAAGUGGCACACUGUCCCCAUAUUCCUACCCCUCCCCUCAACUCCAGUCCAGCCCACUUGAUUUAUGUAAGUCUAAAACUUUCCCUGCUGAGAAAGCUUCAGAGCCAGCCUUCAGUGCCAGCAAACUGUUACAGAAUCUAGCUCAGUGUGGCACCACUUCUUCCUCUCCACCCAUCCCCUUGGGCAAAGGACUGGGCCAGGAGGUUGAUGCCAGCAGGCCUCUCGCCCUGUUGGAAAGGCUCAACGCUCCAGUGCAUAGGACCACCACCACGCCUCUCUCAGAUGGAGCCUCGGGUGGCAGCACACCGUUCAGUCGAAAGGAACCUUCUCCUCCUUCCUCACAAAUUGAAAACCUCCUAGAGAGGCGCACUGUGCUACAGCUCCUUCUAGGAACCGGCUCAGCUCCUGCUACAGCUAGCCGCAAAGACAGGCCCAGUGGGAGUGGCAGAAGGAGUGUGGAGGCAGCAGGGGGAUGCUAUGAGAAGAACCCUGCUGCCUCCAUCAUCUGUGACAGCUCUAAUGGACCCCCUUUGGACAUAAAGGUCAAAACAGAGCUUACAGAGGAAGUUGGACCAUCCUCUAAGUCUGAGGACUUGAGUGGCAAAAAGAGACUGAGUGGCAAUGAGAAGAGCAGUCCCCUCUCAGAUUCUCAGCAGGAGUUAAAAACAGAACCUCGGCCUGCAGAGGUCAUAGCGAAAUAUGGCCUCCUGAGCCAGCUGCUUAAACAACAGACUGCUACCUAUUAUACCAGUGCUGCUAUGCAGGCUGAGUCACAAUCCAGACAAGUUAAAGAGGAACAACGGGAGUAUCCAUGCCCCAGUCCGAAGAGAAGACGUGUCUGCUCCGAACAAACUGAUAGUUUGAAUAACAUCUGCUCUCCAAGAGCAGUGGACAGUAAUAACACAAGCAUCCUCACCUCUUCUGCUGUUCAGGUAGAGCCUGAUCAGCAGAGGAGUCUAAAACAAGAGGAAGCUCCAGUGAGGAGCCCGCCAACUGAAACCCUCACCAGAGAGAGUCGGGGCUUCAACGUGCUCAAACAGCUGCUGCUUUCUGACAACUGUCUGAAGGAGCUGUCCCAGCAACCCCGCGGGGCACCCAGUCCUUCCAUACUCCAGGCCAACGGCAAAGCUAACGGUAACAUUCUCAGCCAGCCUACCCAGAAUCACAGCUUCCUCCACCUGCCCAGCUGGCACCCCCAUGGUUCCCUCAACUCAGGGCUUCCAAGUAAUCUAAGACCACUGCCCACCCCUCCUGCCAGCGACAGCCCCAUCCGCACCCCGUGGAGCCGCCACCCAUCUCCAUGGCCCGUUGCUCAAAAGCGGGACCCCCCUUUUCUAGUUAAACGAGAACCUGAGAGCCCUGUUCGGUGGAGUAGUCAGGAGAAUGAAGAGGGGGAGGAAGAGGGCUGUGACUCAAACCCAGACUCCCCGCGGCUCUCGCGUUCCAACCCCAUCCUGUAUUACAUGUUGCAGAAGGGCAGCAUUCAUCUGAGGAAGGAGGUGAGGGAUCAGGCAGAGGGGGCGCAGUCUGUGGUCAGAGUGAAAGAAGAGCCAAUCAGUGACAUGCAUGCCUAUGAACGCAGUCUGAGCUCCACCCCUCAGUCCCCAACCCACAAUGACAAGCACAGCCAUGAGAGCCAGAGGCUGAGUCAGGCUUCGGAAUAGAAGUUGUAUCAACUACAGACAAAUACAAAGGAGAAUCAAAUUCAAUGACUUUUUUUAUUAUCAUUAUAUGAAUGACUUGCUAAAUUGGUUCAAUGAAAAAAUUUUGUUUCCUUAAUUGAAAAGCAUAUUUGUAUCACUGUCUCAGUUUUGAAUUGUGAGGUCAUGGAAUGGUACAUAAGUGGUCUCUCAGCAAAAAUGCCUAAUUGACACAACCACGACUACUUAAACAUAAAUUUAGCCCUUUCCCAUAAUGUAUGCCUCUUGCACAAUUAGAAAGUCCUCCUUCACAGUUUCUUUCCAUUUAAGGCUUCUUAUUUAUAUCUGAAUUGUACACAUAUUUCUUUCCCAUGUCUUCUUUGUUGCCUUUCAUAAAACAUUUAGAGAUA